AUGGCGUCAAGGAAGAGUUCUCUUUCCAAGCCCAGUCGUUACAUCUUUCCUACAACCUCCGAAACCCAAGAGGGCAUGUUUGAGUUCGACGAGGCUGAGUUGUGGAACCACCACUCUUCCCCCAUGGAUCACAGCAAAAAGGGGUUACCCUCUUCGGGUUCGCGAUCCGUUCCGAAGAGAGCUUCGAGGAAUAACAGCAGCAAGGUUGAAGGAGGAGGAGGGAGAGACAGAGCGCCCUCAGCGUCCUCAUUGCCCGUUAACAUACCCGAUUGGUCCAAGAUCUUGAAGGAGGACUACAAGGACCACCACAAGUGGGAGAGUGACGAAGAAGAAGAAGAUGAAGAAGAAAAAAACUUUGGUGGCGAUGAACAAAACCAAGGGCAAGGGUUUAGGAUUAGGGUACCCCCUCAUGAAUAUCUCGCUAGGACAAGAGGGGCUUCUCUGUCUGUGCAUGAAGGGAUUGGAAGGACUCUCAAAGGCAGGGAUUUGCGCAGUGUCAGAAAUGCUAUUUGGAAGAAAGUGGGCUUCGAAGAUUAA